UGACUGCACCCAAUCUUCUAUGCAUGGAUGCUUAAUUGUGUGCAUAUACUCCCAAUAUAUACAAUUGUGUUUGUCAUUUCUCAAAAUCUUUCUACACUUCCUGCCACUGCUCCGAUACAGGGGAAGCAAACUGCAGAUAAUGGAACGAAUUAACAAAAGCCAUCCAGAAGAGUUUAUUCUACUAGGCUUUGCGGAUCGUCCCUGGCUAGAGCGUCCUCUGUUCAUUAUUCUGCUUCUAACAUACCCCAUGGCCAUGAUGGGAAACAUAGCCAUCAUUCUGGUGUCCACCUUAGACUCCCGUCUGCACAGCCCCAUGUAUUUCUUCCUCACCAACCUCUCCUUUCUGGACAUGUGCUACACCACAAGCAUUGUCCCUCAGAUGCUGUUUCACCUGGGACGAUCGAAGAAGACAAUCAGCUAUCUGCGCUGUGCCGUUCAGCUUUAUUUCUUCCACAUAAUGGGAGGCACAGAAUGUCUGCUUUUGGCUCUUAUGUCUUUCGAUCGCUACGUGGCCAUCUGCAAGCCGCUGCACUACACCCUCAUCAUGAAUCGGUGCACCUGUAUCCUACUGGUGGCCACUGUGUGGCUGGGUGGAAUGACCUACGCUGUCUCAGAGGCCACUGUCACAUUACACUUACCACUCUGUGGUCGCAACACACUGGAUCACUUGGUAUGUGAGAUUCCUGUUCUGAUAAAGGCCGCCUGUGGUGAGAAGGGCUCCAAUGAGCUCACGCUCUCUGUGGUUUGCAUUUUCAUGUUAGCUGUGCCACUAUGCUUCAUUCUUGCUUCCUAUGCUUCUAUUGGACAUGCUGUAUUUAAGAUUAAAUCUUCGGAGGGAAGAAAAAAAGCCUUUGGCACAUGUUCCUCCCAUCUCAUUGUAGUUUUCUUCUUUUAUGGCCCAGCCAUUAGCAUGUACCUUCAGCCCCCCUCCUCCAUCUCUACAGACCAGCCCAAGUUCAUGGCUCUCUUCUAUGGAGUGGUGACUCCUACACUCAACCCUUUCAUCUACACUCUGAGGAAUAAGGAUGUAAAGGGUGCCUGGGGCAACCUGGUGAGGAGCGUUUUCACUUCCAAGUGAUAGUUCGCAGACAUCGAAUGACAUUAUUUGACAAGUGAGUAGGUACAUAGGAGUUUCUCUGACAAAUCAUUCUCAUCUCAUUUUUCCUCAGAUCAUGUUAUUCUUCUUGCAAAAUAUGUCAUAUUUCUAAUGCUCUUUCUAAUGGUGUUAGACAAGGGUGAUACUUGGCUAGUAUACACCAGUUAGGCCAAUCCGUGGAAAUAUACUACAAAUAGUCUACACUGGUUAAUACAUACUGAAAUAGUAACUAUGUCAAACAGUAUUUAAAAAGUACUAUAUAUUACAAUACAAACUAAUUAGUUAAAGUUAAUAAUCAUAAGACAGCAUGGUAACCAUUCACCAAUGGAUUUCCUAUGACAGUGCCACCUAAGAACAAUUUCAUCACUCUCGGCAAGACUGGUCACAUCCAAGUGGGCAGCACGGUGCCAGUGUGCAUUCCGAGUGAGGCACUCUACACCUCAGACCAACCGUGAGUCUCAGAAGACAAUCAACCUCAACUUACGUAGAUCCUAUUGCUUCUUUAGAAGCACACUGUGACUCUUGUUUAACUAACAAGUGUACAGGGUUUGUAUUUUUACCUAAAGGAUCUAUUGUUGAAUAUUAAAAUGGACAAAAUGUGUGCCUAAGUUUCUUAACAUCCCUUUUAAAUAUUAUAAGCAUGAACCUUCUGAGAGAAUCAUGAACCACAACCUGGAAACAUUUUGUGCAUAAUGGAAAUAGCCCGGAAUGCCUUUUGAAAUGCUUCAAGAAUCUUUUACAAGAAGAAGCAAUUUGUAUUUCUAGAAGGGAAGGCAACUUGCUUACUUUAAGCAAUUGAGUAUCUCUUUGAUGCUCACAAUCUGUAUCAUGACAAAUUCAAAGUACUGAACUGAGCUCUAGGGUUCAUAUCUAACAAACUUUUGUCACAAAAUUAGUUACACUUUUAGAGCAAAUUAAAGAGUUUAUGGUUACUUGCUGUUAAAUUAAUAGGAUGAGAAAUCAACAUAAUGGUUGUAUAGCGAAGAAACUAGCAGCUAAGAAAAACAAGAACCAUUUAGACUUCUCUGGCAUGGGUUCGGGUAUGAUCAAAAUCUAAGCAAACCACUGGAUGAAGAGUUGCAUGUUAUCCUGAACAAGAAACAAUUUGAAAUCAUAUCUAAUGUUUGAUUUAAAAAAAAAAAAGCAGAUCAUAGGAUGCUUGAUCCAGUUCUUGAGACAAACAGACUUUGGUUUAUCUCAUUUGGAAAAUAUUCUAAAUAAUUUUAAAAUUUAGCUGUUUAAAUAAUUUAAAAUUUUGGCCUGAAUUUUGGCCUGAUAGCCCCCCCAAAAUUUUUUUUUAAUUUCACACACACACAGGCCAAUGAGAGUAAAAAAUUCUGUGAUGUUAGAUAAUGCCUCUGAUCAUUUUGAGUAACGAUAUCCUUGAUCACUUUGCUCUAAGCAGAAAUUGGCACAACAGUGUAAAUCAACUGCACUUUAAUAAAAAAGAAAUAAUAAAGACACCCUUUGUCUUACUUAGUCUUAAACACAGAGGAAUGUGAUAAUUUUCAGUUUGGAGGGCAAAAUCCAGGAAGAUUUGUGUCAAAAGCUUAGCGAUGAGACUGUUGAGAGCUCUUCAGAUUACUUCUUUAUCUUUUACGUCUGUAAAGACAACUCAUUUCAGAACUGGGCUUUCCAGACUCUGAAAUAUCGGGGCUUCCUGAAGGAAAUACACACAAACAUUUAAGCAUAAAGAAUAUUGAGUGUAGUGGUAGGGGGAAAGUCACAGAAACAUGUCCUUUUUACUAAACUACCUCACGUUUCCGCAGCAUGUAUGUCCAGUAUAUUCCAGCAUGAAGAAUACUGUCAGGAACCAUUAAGAAGCUCUGUUGAAGGAAGUACAUAUUACAUGUGAAGUUUAGCAUGUACUCUAUCCUUGAUGUAAAGCAUGAGCAAUCUCAAGAGUGCUUUCUCAAAGAAGUUGGUCAAAAGCUUUUCUUCUUUUCCCAACCAAGCAAAUCUUUC